GUGUGUAGAAGAGGUAUGAAUGACAAUGUAUUUAUACAUGUUUCACCAGUAAAGUCAUGUCUUAUUAGUGUGAAAAACUACUGCGUCGUUCUUGUAUCUUAUCGGCUAUUGCCGGUUCUCCACCUUUGACACAAGCACCAGAAGCGGCGAAAGGCUGCAUUGUUCCUAUCUUAUCAUCAAACAGAGAUAGUCUACCAAGAGGCGUUUUACCUUUCAUGUAAAUAGUAAUGUUGCUUCUGGAUUGCUUUAAGCUCGACAUCGCUUGCCUUUCUCGAAGAUUCCCUUUAAUUAUUUGUUCGUCUGUCAUAUUUCAGGUUGUUAAAGUAAUACACAGCUUAACAUGAAAAUAUAUACUGUUGGAAGGAAUGUCAUCUGUGUUAUUCCGUGCCAGACUGCAAGAAAAAGGAAAGGGACAUUACACGUGAAAAAAGUUAUAUCAUAGUAACAGAAAUAUAAAGAGUACCAAAAGUAUGUAAUGUCUCUGAGCAUAUAGGUAAAAAAGCUGAAUGUGACAAAAUAGUGAGCAUUUAUGGAAAAUAAAUUGUAAACGUUUACGUACUUCCUUUGGUAUAGGUUCUGCCUUAGAAAUGCCUUCCGAAAUGAAUUUAGCAGUAUGUAUCACAGCCAGUGAAGGAGAGCUAAAGUCGGCCUAUCAGGAAUUUCCAGAGAAUAGUCACUUGCAAGGUGAUUUAAAAGGGCCAGGAGGAAGUGUUCGGAAUCAUCAUGAAAAGAGUCAUAUUCGAAACAUUUCUGAGGAGGAACUGGAAAUUCUUGUGACCUCAAGAGAGGCAGUGCACAAAGAUUAUUCGCUAAUGAAACCAGAAUACACAGGUUAUAAGAGAAAGUUUAAUAUAUGUAAUUUACUCGAGUAUGAAGAUUCCGAAACACAAGGGAGCAGAAUGCUAAGUACAAGAAACAAUGAUGCACACUCGAAAAUCCCGCAACAAAGCGACGACGCCCUUUCAUUGCACGCAGAAUGUCCCGUGGCAUUUAUAUCAAAAGGGUACUUUUGGGAGGCGAAUGGGGCAUCCUGGGCCUCCCCUGUAGCCAAAGGGGACCCGCUACCAAUACCGUCAAAACACACAGUGGAAGCCUCCAAGGGUGAUCCAACCCUUGGUUCUCCGUCAUUCAUCAUGGUUCGAGAAGCCUCUGUUGAAGGUGUAUUCAUAUGCGCUCCCACGCCAAGUUCUAGCGAACCUGAUAUCAACUGUUCACCCACCGCGGUUUCACAACAGAGCCCAUUCCGGCGUCAGUUGUUCACAUCUCUGAUGACACGUCAGUCAGCCCUUGUGUCAAGGAUCAACCAGCAAACUUCUAAACUAAUGAGGGCAGUCGAAGCAGCGACAUCUAUCACUCAGACAGAUCGAGAAAGCAAGUCAAGAGUAGUGUCGUCAGAUAUCAGUCCAGACUUGACAUCAACAGCAUUAACAGAAAAAGGAGAUAUUAAUGAACCAAAGACUAGAUGUUAUCCAGCUGUAAAAUAUCACCUUGAUGAGGACUUAGAAAAUGAAUUAUUCGAGCCAUGUGAGUCUCGUGACACUGGGGUACGAGACCCGCUUCGUUUGGUGUCCAUUUGUGACUCGGGGAUUGGCUUCGAGUCGGAUGAAGAUGCCAGGUCCUUGUCGCGGCAUUCUUCGUAUACACUUAGCGAAGACAGCGAAGGGCCAACCGAGGAGACAGUGUUAUGUGGAAAUCGUGUGAGCCAAAUGACCAAGACUUACAAUGAUAUUGAUGCCGUAACAAGACUCCUACAGGAGAAGGAAAAAGACCUUGAACUGGCUGCAAAGAUUGGCCAACAAUUGCUAAAUCGCAAUAAAGCUUUAGAAGAGAGGAAUGCAGCACUUGAAGCUGAGGUUUCUGCAGCAGGGGACACCAUCACGCAACUUAGACAUGAUCUGCAGAUGAAGACAGAUUUGCUACAGAUUUACACCAAUGAUGUUGAUGAAACUAGCAGCUGUGAGACAACACCAACAGGAGUACGAGUUCUCAGUGUUGAUAUUUUACAACAUCGUGUUAGAAAUCUUGAAGAUGAAAAUAAAACACUGCGUCAGGAAGCAACACAACUUGCUAGUGACACACUUGAAUGCGAGUCAAAGGAAAAAGAACUUGUCACAGACAUCAUCAAACAGCUUAGUGAUGCCAACUUGCAAGUCCGACAACUUAGUGAUGACUUGGCAAAGAAAGUGGAAGACUCCUUACGGCAGCAGGAAGAGAUCACUCAUCUUUUAGCACAAGUUGUUGAUCUUCAGUCUCGAAACAAAAGACUUGGCCAGGAAAAUGAAGAACUUAUCAACAUGGUUGGGGUUGCACGAGAGUGUCAGCAGGAAUUAACUUCAGAAUUGGCAGAACUUAAAGAGAAGUAUGCUGAGGUUUUAGACCUUUUACACGACACGCAAGACCAGCUUAGGCGUGUGCAAAAGAAGAAUCUGCCUGGAAGCCGUGGUCACCAUCUAGGAAGUAGUAUCUUUAGUUCCCCAUUUAAUUCUGGAAAUGAUUCAAUUGCUAAUGAAUUACACUCUUUGAAUUCUAUUGGAGAAGAAGUGGAUAAAAGUACCAGUAACAGCAUGCGACGCACAUUUGAUACUGUUCGUAUGACAGGCAAAUAUCCUAGCUCUGGGUCACAAGGAUCUCUGAGUUCUUUAGGUUAUGGAGGUUCCAUGCACUCCACACCUACUCAUCACCCACAUACUUCAUCUCACCUGGCGACACCAACCCAUAUGGUAUCAAGUGGAGUAACAUAUGGAGUGUCAUACAUGAGCUCAAGAGGCUCAUCUGUAUAUUCUGGAGGAUCGGGCCACCCUUCAUUAGAUUCUGGAGCAGAUUCUGAUGCAUCCAUGCACACAGAUUCAGAGGAUAAUUAUCCUGGGAGUCACUUGGGUGUACCUGGAUGGCCAGGGACCCCAGACCUUGAUUCUUGUUUAAGAAGACUUGGUCCAGGAGAACGCUCACAGUUUCUACCAUAUGGAUGCCGUACACCUGAUUCUAUCAUGUCUACUGGCAGUGGGAAGUCAGGAUUAAGCACAUUCGGUGUAAAUAAUCAAAGUGAUUGGAAGCUGCCACAGAAACUGCAAAUAGUGAAACCUAUUGAAGGUUCACUAACUCUUCACCAGUGGUCCCGCCUUGCAACACCUCACCUUGGUGGAUUGCUAGAAGAAAGAGAGGGAGUAGCUAUCAAGGGUGGUGCUGGCACUGAGCAUUUGAAUCUAGAUGUCUACUCCAUGUCUGAUCUUGAAGAAGAUGAAAUUGAAGAAGAGAAUCCUGGCAAAAGAUUUAUGAGUACUUCAGGGGUUUUCACAUUUACAAAUUCCACAAUACUACACCCUGAUGAUCAGACCACUUCCACAACUAGUUUACGUCAGGCUCAAGUGAGUGUACUACCAACUUCAUCUUUUGCAUCAACAACACCAAGCACACCAUUAAGAGCUCCUUCUUGCCCACCAUCACGUAGAGGAUCCACUGCUACAUUCUCUACAAAUACAGGAUUAGCAAAGGUCCUUAAUGAACGAGGAAUGAAUCUUCAAAGUGGGUUUUCACCAACAGCAACACCAGCUAAUAGUCCAACAAGUUCUCGGCCUGGUUCUCCUGAACCUGAAGGUUACAAGUUACCAGGACUGGAUGAUCUUACCAAAACAUUUUACUAUGGUGCCAGCCUUCUUCGUAGAACAUUUUAUAAGGCUGACCCAUCUGCUCCACAAUCUCCAACUGGGCCACGUAUUAAUUUGGUUGAACAAGUACAGGCCAUAGGUGUUGAUCAUUUUGUUGGCACCUCAGGUAGAGCAUUAGCAGUUGGUGGAGUUGUGACAUCACGUCCUGCAACUUCACCUCUUUUACACUUGUCAAACCUUAUAAUGAGCACUGCAAAGAAUGCAUCCACUUCCACAACUUCUUCAACAUCUGGUUCAUUUUCUACAACAACUGUAGCAAGUACAUCAGGAAUAAUGUCAACACCUAAGAUUUUAUCACCAGGAGAACGACGUCCAUCAUUUCCAUCUGGUGCCCCAAUGGGGAUUCCAGGUCAUCCAGGAUCAGGGCAUCUUGAUAAUCGCCUUAACCAACUGAAGCCAGGUCAGCGUGCCGAUUUAGGAACAGUUGGUAGACGUGCCAGGCCAGCCUUCCUCGGAACUGUGCCCACACGAGGUAAUGGAGGUGAACAGAAUGUGGGAACAGUUGGAUGGAUGUCAUUUGGUCGGAAAGGAGGACUUUUGUAAUUAUGUUUUUUUUAUUGGGUGCUGAUAGCUGCUGUUCUGCAUAUUGUGAUAUGUAGUUGAACUUAACUUUGUAUACUUCUUUAAGUUUUGGUUGUAGAUGAAGAUUUACUUAUAGACUAAUACAGAAUAUUAUUUGAAAAUUAUACUGUUUGAUAGACAUUUACUUUUUAUAGCUAAAAAAUAAUGAUCAAAUCAUUUUCUUAAAAUUAUCUGAUAAUACUUUGAUGAUUGAUGGAAUGCACAGUAUGAAGGAACCACAGGGAAAAUUGCUCCUUAUGUUUUGUAUGUAUUGACAUUAAUAGUAAUUGUGUCAUUCAUAUUUUUGAGGCUACUUAUGUAAAGUUAUUUUAUUGUAAAGUUGCUCUUAGCAGAUUGUUUUUAGAGAAAAUUCAGGAUUUGUAAAUUUAAGGAAAGACAUUACAGGAAUUGGAUAGAUUAGAUCAUUUUAUUGAUUUUAAUUCAAAAUUAGUAGAGUGCAGAUGGAACUAAGGAUCUAUCAGAAUGUUGGUUAUUUAUUUCCUAGUUAUAGUUGUAAGGCAGCUUAGGUCCAGGUUGUAUAAUCAUUGAUGCAUUUGGUUUUAAGGGUUAUGUGAUGUGAUAUAUAGUUUACAAUAUAUAUGUUGCUGGCAAUAAUUACAUGAAUGUAAUUUAAGGUUAUUUUAUGUAUUCAACUUGUGCCAAAUAGUUCAGAGUUCUCAUUUAUUUGAUUGGACACCUUCUACAGCUUAUAUGAGUGUUGAAAUUAACCCAAUGCCCUCUCUACCGGGUUGUAUUCAUUGUGCCCCGGGUCCCACUGCCGGAGGAUUGUGUCAUCACUAUAGUGUGCGCAGCAUGACCAUACAUGCCCCCGGAAAACAGGACUGGCACACCAUGUCAUUUAUGCACAUGUCACCUGGGAUAUAGUCCAGGCAUGCCAUGGCAUGUACUUAUAUGUCACCUAGUGGCAAUGGGUUCAGGAUAGAUUUAUCAGAAAAGAUAAAUGGCAUUGUAACAAGAGUAAGGAACUAUUGCUGUAUCUGUCACAAAUUUUAAUUAAAUACUCCUGAAAGUUUAUUUGAGAGAGAAAGAAAAUGAAUUGCUGAUUUUACUUUUACAAGCAGCAGAAUAGGUCUCAAAGGAAGACCCAAAAUCUUCUAGUCACAUGAAAAGAUCAGAUUGUCAUGCUUAUUAUUAUUGUUAUUAUUAUUAUUAUUAUUAUUGUUAUUAUUAUUAUUAUUAUUAUUUUUUUUUUUUUUUUAUGAUUUUUUUUUUCUGUUGUUGUUUACAUUUUCAUUGAUUGUGCAUGUAAGGCACAGAGAUUCUGAUAACUGAAUUGGCAUGCAACUUGAUAUCAGACAUGAUUCAUAUCAGUCUUGCUUUAAAUAUAGUGUGUAUAGUAUAUGGAUGUUUUGGAUAUUUGAUUAUAUACAUCCUGAAUAUGAUUACUCCAAUUUUUAAUCUGUAAUUUCUAGUCCACUAGUUGUCCUCUGUAACUGCAGAUGAUCAAACUAGUGCCAGAUUCUUUUUUUCUGUUUAAAGUAAAUGUUCAUUUUAAGUCUCUGAACAUGUUCAGUGUUUUUUCUGUUAUUUUACUCAAUAUCUUAAUUUAUGUUCUUUAUAGGGUUACCAGUUAUAGUGUGACUUAAUCAUAACUAUGAAUUCACAUAUUCAGUUUCUAAAUUUACACUCACACAUGCACACAUGUAUACACACACGCGCACAUGCCCCGAACACGCACCUACACACAUGUAAAUGAGUAUAUAUAUGUAAUAUAUAUAUAUAUAUAUAUAUAUAUAUAUAAAU